AUGGCGGCCGCAGACGUAGACAUUGCCUACGUCGCAGGCCACCUCGGCCUCGACCAGCCUGUUAUCGCGUCUUUGACGACAGAGCCUACUGUUGAUCUCGUUAACAUUAUUCUAAAGGCUGUUGCAGCUAAAGCCCACGAGUUUGAUACCCUCUACGCCGAAAAGCUUCAGACCGACAUUGAGCUCGAGAACGCGGUGCGCAGCUCCGAAACGCGAUCGCAAACUUUCAAGGCUACUGCAGAUAAGGCCCUCAAAGAUGUUGAAGAGGCUAGGCAGCUCCUACAGGACGAAGAAACGAAGCGACAGUCUGUCGAGAACGAACUCCAAGUCCUCAAGGCUAAGAAAUCCGACUACGAUGCCGAAAUCAAGGCUCUCAAUGAUAAGAUUGAGACCCUCCAGUCAUCGAACCGAACCAAUCUGAGCAUCAUCGAAUCCAACAACAAGCGCGACCAGACCGUCACCGAAGAACUUACCAAGCAGCAUCAACGGAAUGUCGAGCUCUCUCGCGAAAUCACAGCUCUGCAACAGUCGGAGCAGAAUGCGCGAGGACAACUCAACAGCGCCAAGUACAGAGAAGAAUCACUCCAACAGCAGCUCGAUCUCGCCCGAAAGAACAGCGAAUGGCUAGAGAACGAACUGAAGACCAAGAGCGAGGAAGGCCUCAAAUACCGAAAGGAGAAGGGUGCUCGUAUUGCCGAGCUUCAACGACAGAAUGAAGACAUUCAAUCUCAAAUGGAUACCAUGAAGCGAACCGAACAGCAACUCCGUGAUCGUCUCACUGCCAUGCAAGCUAGGGCCGAUGAAGCUUUGGUAAAGGUUCAGAACCAGGAGGGGAGCUAUGCAUCGACGAUUGAGAGCUAUAAACAUGAACUCGAGUCUCAAAAACGUUUGGCUGAAAUGUCCGAUUCCCUGGGUAAGAAGCAUCAAGAGCGAGUACGUGACCUCGAGGCAGAGAAAGAGCGACUUCGGGACAACUAUGAAAACGAACUUCGACGUGUUCGAUCCGAGCUCGAGCAAGAACGAGAGAACAACGUACAAAUGGAGGAAAAAAUCAACCAACUUCAAGCCGAGAUCGAUGAGCUUCAGGUGCGCAUGGAGCAGCAGGCACCGCCGCCUGAGUCUGCACCACAGACUCCCCGUGCCAACGGUGCUCUUAUGCGACCCUCUUCUCCUUUUGCGACACCCGGUUCUAUUAGAGGCAAGGGCGCGAUUACCGCCACGCAGGCUCUUGACCAGCUGUACCAAGUCAAGGGCCAGCUGGCCACCGAACGACGUCGCAACCAGCAGCUUUCUGAAGAGCUAGACAAUAUGAUGUCCGCUUUGGAGGCGAAGGCCCCCGAGAUGCAGGAGCUCCAGUCCGAGGCUGAGACACUCCGAGAAGAGAUCACCCGUAUGUCAGAGCUGUCGCAACAGAGCUUCGAAGAGCGCGAUACUGCUAGACGAGCGGCCAGAAAGGCCGAAGGCGCCCUUGCAACAGCGCAGUCUGAGACGAACAUCCUGCGAACUCAACUCCGUGACCUUGGUACUCAGAUCAAUAUGCUUUUGUUCCAGAUUCACGCCAUGGAGAAGGGCAUGGAUCAGCUUACCGAAGAGGAGACUUUCCGUCUUCAACAACUACAGAAGGGAGAGAUUUCUGAGGAGGCAUUGUCAGAUAUGUCCGAUACCCACCAGUUCAUCACUCAGAAGUUGGUGGUUUUCAAGGACAUCCAGUCUUUGCAGGCGAAGAACGAGGAGCUGCUACGCAUCACACGCGAACUUGCCGAUCAACUGGAAAGUGAGGAGGCACUUGCUGAGAAGCACCAGGCCAAACAAGAUCACGAUAUGGUUGAGAAGCUUCAGCAGGAGCUCGAGCAUAUGGUUGAAGAGACAAGGUCGAUCAAGAAGACUAUGGAAAGCUACAAGACGGAGCGCGACAUGUUCCGAAGACUCCUGCAACAACGAGGUGUGCACGGGGACGAAGCCUCGAUGAUGCGAAACUCUAUCGCUGGUGGCGAGCGAUUGCCUUUGGCCAGUAUCGAGGCAACUGAACAAACCGAGACUCUCAACGAGGCCUUGCGUAAGCUCCAGUCCGAAUAUGACAAUUACCGCGACGCCCAAGAUGGAGUUCGUAAGGACAUGCGCGACCAGCUUGACGCUCUGUCAGCCGAACGAAACGCCCUGCAGACUGACAAAGUGAAGCUUCACGGUGAAGUACGACUUGAGUCCGAGAGACGUGAAAUGCUGAACAACAAUUAUGUUGCACUUCAAAAUGAAAACCAUGAGCUUCAAAAGCGAAGUCAGAUCUUGUCCGAGACCGCUGCUAAGCAGGAUAUUCGAACGCAGCAGGUGGCCGAAGAGCUCAUCGAAGCUAAGGGCCUGCUCGAUAGUGUCCGCAACGAGACUGCCAACCUCAAGGCUGAGAAGAAGCUUUGGAAAGAUAUUCAGGACAGGUUGAGUAGGGAUAACGAGAAUCUCAUCGAGGAAAAGAACCGCUUGAACAACUUGCUUGCAACUCAACAAUCCAUCGAGAACGAGCGUAACAUGGCCGAUUCUGAAUCACGACGUAAAGCGCAGGCUAAGAUUGAAAGCCUUGAGCAGGAACUGAGUGACGCUCAGAGGAAGCUUAACUACGAAGCGGAGGAAACCAAGAAGCUGCAGCUCAGAAAGGAGUACGAGUCGAAGGAGUCACAGAAGCGAAUUGACGAGCUUAUGACGAGCCUGAGCCAGAUUCGCGAGGAGCACGUCGCCGUCAAGACAAGUAGAGACCAUCUCCAGGCUCGUGUUGACGAGUUGACAGUCGAGGUGCGAAACGCUGAAGAACGAGCCGGACGACUUCAACCUCGGCCUACUCCUCGACCCGGAACUAUCGAGGUUAGCGAACAACAACAGCAAAUGGAGAAUGAGAUCCAGGAGCUCAAUGUCGAAAUUUCGGAUCUCAAGCGGGAUUUGGAUAUGGCCAACACCCACCUCGAGAAUGCCAAGACCCAGGCAGAACAGUUCAGGGAGCUUAGCCAGGCUAACGAAGAAGCCCUCGAAGACUUGCGAGGAUCACAAGAACAAUACCAACAGGAAAUGGAAUCACUCAUCGAGGAGAAGGACGCUAAGAUCAAGGAGCUUGGCCAACGUGCUGAGGAUUUGUCUGCGGAACUGUCCCGUUCCAACACCGAGCUGUCCAGCCUACGUGAUUCCCAAGGUGAGGUCGCACGCCGCUACGAGGACGAGAAGACAAUCUUGCAGGAGGAGGUGAACAGACUUAAAGAGGAGAGCGCAAGGCAUUUGGAAGCCACCCGUUACCAUCAGCAGGAUCUCCGCGCCCAGGCUGAAAUCGCUUCCAAGGCUCAGCAGGAUUACGAGCAAGAGCUUGUGAAGCAUGCCGAAGCAGCCAAGCUUGUCCAGCAGCUUCGAGCCGAGCACAACGCCCUCAAGAGUGAAGCCGCAUCCCUGAAAUCCGAAGCCGACUCUGCCAAGGUUACCCUUGCCCAGAGUGAAAGCUCAUGGGAGGAUCGACGACAACAACUGGAGCAGGAGAUGGCGGAACUCAAGACACGCCGGGAGGAUGUGAACUCGCAGAACAAAAUUCUGCACCAGCAGUUGGAGGGCCUGACUGCCCAGGUCGCAGCGCUCCAGCAGAAGCGAGGUGACCAGGAUGAUGAGGAUGAAAGGAUGUCACCCGUCCCUGUGGGAGACGCCACCGAAGGUCUCCGCGAGCUCAACAGCUACCUCCGACGAGAGAAGGAGAUUCUCGAGGUUCAGUAUGAUCUCAAGGCUCAAGAAUCCAAGCGACUUCAACAGCAACUCGAAUACACCCAAACUCAGCUCGAUGAGGCACGCCUCAAGCUCGACCAAGAGCGCACACAGACCGCUCAAAGUGGCCGAACAUCGAUGACCCACCAGGACCUCAUGGAAAAACUGAACGAGCUCAACAUCUACCGUGAAAGCAGUAUGACACUGCGGAACGAGAACCAGCAGCUUAAAGAUGAGAUUGGAGAGAAGAACAAAAAGAUUGAGGAGAUGGAGGCACGAACUCACCCCUUGGAAGCCGAAAUCGACACCCUUAAGACUCAGAAGUCUUUCCUCGAGGAUGAGAUCAAGCAAAUCCAGGAAGACCGUGAUCGAUGGCAGAAGCGCACUGAGGGUAUCCUCACCAAGUACGGACGAGUCGACCCCGCUGAGAUGGAACAGCUUAAGGAGAAGAUCACAGAGCUGGAGUCGGAACGAGAUACGCUGAAGCAAGGCGAGGAGCCUCUGAAGGCCAAGCUCACUGAACUGGAGACCAGCAUGGAGACUGAACGAAGCAAUUGGUCUGCCACGCGUGCCAAGAUUGUUGAACAGGCCAAGGAGCGAUCAAGAAAACUUACAGGAGAGAAGAAUGAGGCCCUUCAACGUGUCAAUCAAGUCCAAGAGAGCUUGGACAAGGCUAACGCCGAACUUGAGGGCGUUAAGAAGGAGGUAGAUGAGUCCAGGAACCAGAAGUCUGAGCUUGAACAACAGAUCCAGAACUUCCAGAAGGAGGUCGAGCAACUCCGCCAACAGGCCCAGACUACUCAGUCUGCCCCCACUCUUGCGCAGCCAGCCGAUGCUUCCGCUUCGUCUGAGGUCGUUACUCAACUCGAGCAGCAGCUGGCUGACGCUCGCAGGGAACUCGACGCAAUCAACGGGCAGAAGCAAGGUGCUGAGCAACAACUGGAGUCGCUUCGUACUGAGCUUCAGACCGCUAUCUCUGAGCGCGAUGAUAUAGCCAAGAAGCUCCAGGAAGCAACCGAGGCCGCUGCUCAAGCCGCGGAGGUUGCACCCAAGGCUGCUCCUCAGACCACCGAGCAAGCCCCUGCUGCGUCUGCAACUGGCGAAGCAACCGAGGUGCCCUCUGGUGGUAUUUCCGACGAGGAGAAGAAGGCCUUGGAACAGAAGAUCGCCGCUGCUGAAGCCAAGGCAGCCGAGUACGAACAGAAAGCCAACGAGGUUGAGGCCAAGAUUCAAAGUACUAUCAAAGAACGCUCUGACAGAAUGCGAGACACUUUGAACAAUAAAUUGAAGGAGAGCCGACACAGAAUGGAGGAGGAGUUCAAGAAGAAGGAUGAAGAUCUCAAGCUCAAGUUCGAGCAAGAGAAGCAAAUCUGGCUGGCCGAGAACCCCACGGCCAAGCCCAAUGCAGCAGCUCCCAAGACGGAGCCAACAGAUCAGCCUCCCUCAACACCCGCGAAGGCCGAAUCCUCUGGUGUGCCUCCAACUCCCGCGUCUGUUGGACCCAGCGACCUGUCUCACCUUGAUGAUGCUGGCAUCCGCCAAUUCCUUGCCACUAAUCCUACGGUUAAGAACAUUGUUGCGGCCAACAUCAAAAAGAAGCUCGAGGUGGAAAGUUCCAAACUGAAGACAGAGUUGGAGACAAAUUUGAAGACGGAGUACGAAACCAAGAUUUCAUCAGCAAGAGAUCAAGCUCAGCUUAUGGAAUCUAAGAAAUCGACUCUGCGAAUCAACAUGGCUGAGAACAAGUUAAGAGCUGCUGCUGCCAAGAUCAACGUGGUUGAGAAGGCGGCCUCCGAGACACCCCAGAAGCCUGUCGUCGAAGUUUGGGAGGUGGCCAAGAUAGCACAAGCUCCUCCUCCUACACCUGCAGCAGCGAAGCCUGCUCCAGCCAGGCAGGGCUCAGUGGCUGGCGUACCCCCAUCCCCAUCGCCCGCAACACCUGCGAUAGGUGCCAAGGGUACCAAACCCACUCCAGCAGCCAAUACAGCAGCUACUCCAGCAUCGGCGUCAACUGAGGUGAAGCCAGCACAGGCUUCGGGCCCAGCAGCAAGCGGAAUUCCUGGUGCCAAGAACAACAACAACAACCCUUUUGCUGUUCCCGCCAACCCCACGACAGCAGCUGCACCAAACCCUUUCGCUGCUAAGAGCGAAGGCGGUGCGACUCCCGCUACUAAGGAAGGCCAGCCACAGGCACAGGCGCCACAGCAGCAACAACAAGCUCAGCCUCAGGGCCAGGGACAAGCUCAGCCGCAAGGCCAAACGCAAAAUCAACAGCCAGUGCGUUCCGGCAUUCCUAUGCCUCGUGGUGGCGGACGUGGAAGAGGUGGAGCUUAUGUCCCUCCAGGCCAGCGUGCAGCCAGUGGCACUCAAGAGGGCGCACAUGGCCAUGCUGGUCGUGGAGGCCGAGGUGGACGAGGAGGUGGACGUGGUGGCAUGAACCCAGGUGCCAACGAUUUCCAGCCUGGCAACAAACGGCCACGAGGUGACUCGGAGGUUGGCGGAGGAGCCAAGCGAGCACGUGGAGCGCACUGA